AUGAGUCAAGUGCACACAGCAUGGAGACUUCGACUUCGUAGGUUGUAUAUUCAAUCAGUUUGGUACACCAAAUUCAAACGAUGGAAAUUGAAACCUCUUGGGAUAGUAAUUAUUUUGGGUUUAAUUGUCAUUUUUAUCAAUGAAAGUUUAGCCUAUCAAGUGGCACGACUACGUUGGCCGAAUAUUGAAGAAAUCGCGAAAAAACCUACGGUGGAGAAGCUUCUACUUGUUGCCGAUCCUCAAUUAAUUGGCGAAAAAGAUGAAGGUAUCUUUGGCUUUAUCACUCGAACAGAUGCUGAUCGGUAUAUUAGAAAAACGUUCGCACAAGUUAACGCUUAUAUUAACCCACAUUGGGUUGCGUUUCUUGGUGACAUAUUCGACGAAGGUUUAUCAGCGUCAGAUGAUGAAUUCAAACGAUAUUUCGAACGAUUUGAUUCCAUAUUUGAUUAUAAAAAUCAUGAACAACGUUAUAUUAUCGUGUCGGGUGAUAAUGAUGUGGGCGGCGAGUAUUAUGGCGAUAAGCAACCAAUGUUAAGACAACGCUUUCGAAACUUUUUCGGUCGAAAUGUUGCACUCUAUCAUCAGAAUGACAUACAAUUUUUAAAAUUAGAUAUCGACAUGUUCGAUUCAUACACGAAUGGAAAACGUGAUCUGAUCAUGGAACAAAUACAUACUCAUCCGAUGACAGCGAUAUUUCGUAUUGUAUUAAAUCAUUGGCCGAUCGUGAGACGUACGGCCAAUUUUGUUAAACCGUUUAUGAAUGAUCUGGAACCAAAUCUUAUCCUUAAAGGUGACAGUCACCAUUUUUCCAUAACAAUGUAUGAUCGUAUAUCAAUGAAGAAUACAAUUCUUGCUGAAGAAUACUUGACACGGCCGUUCUAUACGAUAGAUUUAGGUCAGAAGAAUCUCAUCUAUGAAAUAUCAGUUCCCACAUGUUCAUAUCGAAUGGGUGUGAAUCGAAUUGGAUAUGUUGUACUUCUGUUAGAUAGCGAAAGUCAAACUGCUCAUGUGACUAUUCUGUUAACACCAAAAAGAUACACAGCAUUGUGUUUUUAUAUAUUUUAUGUGAUAUUUGCAGUGCUAUUCAUGAUUGUCACUUCAUUAUUUUCACGACGUACUUUAAUUCAAAUAUUUGAACUUUUACGUUGA